AAUUGUCAGCACCUCUGGAGGUCCUGGUAGAGAAAACGACAUCUACAUCAAUCCACCUCUCAUGGAAGCCUCCACCAAUUCCUAAAGGUCCAAAUCUCAAACUCUUCACCUAUUCACUCACACUCACGCCUCUCACACAAACUGGACAUGGUUUGGAAAAGGAAUUCUCUUUGCCCCCAUCCAUUACAACUAAACAAGUGAAUGGAUUGAGUGAGAGCACUCACUAUGUGGUUCUCCUGUCUGCCAUCUACGGUGAUCACACUCAGAAAUUGAGUCAUGACAAACUGGUAACAGUAUCCGCCCCUAAAUUCACCGUCUACAUACCUCCAGAAGUACAACAAGACUUACCAGUAGGAGAUGACGGCAUACCUGUAGGAGAACCAGUUUGCAAUUGCAGUGAUAUGGGAAUGGUGGCGUGUACAAGAAGACCAGGAUUCGUGGAGUGUGCUUGCCAACCAGGGUAUGCUGGUACGUGGUGCGAGGAGUGUGCUCCAGGAAACUUCCGAGCUGGUAAAGAAUGCGUAGUAUGCCCAUGCUCUAAUGUCACAUCCACGGCUGAAUGUAAAAUGGAAACAUCUGGUCAAGUGUCGUGUGUGAAAUGUCUACCGGGUCACCGUGGCAGUCUUUGCACCUCGUGUACAGCAGGAUAUCAGUGGACAGAUGAUCGUUGUCUCCCCCUCGAUUGCCUCAGCUCGAGCUUGUGUGCAGAGCAGAAGGAUGCUCCAGGAUGCGAAGACUGCAUUUAUCUGGAGAACAAAUAUCCAACAACUGCACAAAGAAGUAAUUCAG